AUGCCCCGCCUCGGUCUCGGCGUCUACCAGCUCAGGGGGAAAGAAUGCUUCGCGGCCUGUCUGGCGGGGUUAGAGGCCGGGUACCGGCACAUUGAUACGGCGCAGCUGUAUGGGAAUGAAGAGGAGGUUGGGAGGGCCGUUGAAGAGGGGGCAGGGAAGAGUAGAGUCAAGAGGGAGCAUCUUUUUUUGACGACCAAGGUUGGACGGUGGGAGGGCGACGGGGAGAAGAUGUAUGAGAGUGUACUGGGGAGUGUAAUGAGAAUUGCUGGGGGGGAGGAGGGUGGAGGGUACGUUGACUUGAUUCUCGUACAUCGUCCCGUUGCGCGGUGGAGGGAUAUCUGGAGCGUGUUGGGGAGGUUUGUGAGGGAGGGUAGGGCGAGGGUGCUUGGGGUUAGUAAUUUUGGGAUUGGGGCGCUGGAGGAGAUGAAGAAGGGUUGCGAGGGGGUGUUGCCGUGUGUGGAUCAGAUUGAGCUUAACCCGUGGUGUCAACAGCGAGAACUAGUCGCCUACUGCCAACAAAACGGCAUCGUGGUACAAGCGUACAGUCCUCUCGCGCGCGGGCAACGGUGGACGGAUCCGGUGUUGAGAGAGGUCGUGAAGCGGGUUCGGCGCCGUGUCGUGGUCGGUGUCCGGGAGGAAUCAAUACCGGUAUCCGGACGACGGGUUGCGGCAGUCACGAAAAAGAGAGAGAUCACGGAGGCUACAGUCACGCCGGCGCAGGUGCUAAUCCGGUGGUCUCUGCAACGCGGAUUUGUGCCGCUUCCCAAGAGUGCGGACGUAGAGAGAAUCAGGGAGAAUGGGGACGUGUUUUGGUUUAAGCUUGAUGAGGUCGAGAUGGGCAUGUUGGACGGAUUGGAUCUGGGGGCUGCGGGGGCGCUGUUUCCUAAGAAUGUGAGUUGA